AAAGAAAGAAAGAAAGAAAGAAAGAAAGAAAGAAAGAAAGAAAGAAAGAAAGAAAGAAAGAAAAGAAAAGAAAAAAAGAAACUGUUUUUAAACUCCAAGCCCAGGGUUCUUCUUUACACAAAGCCAAAGCAUUAAUACUAACUAACAUGUAAACAUUCAUGUUGGGAGUCAGAGUUGAGCAGGGAAAGGAUAAGCAUUUGCAUAGCUAGCUAUUCUAUUUGUAUGUUUUCAGUUUUUCUCAUUUGACCCUCACAAUACCCUUGGGAGGACAUUAAGGAAGACAGAGGUUAAGUCAUACAGGGUUACCAAGUCAAAAGCUGGAUUUGAAUUUAUAUUUUUCUCACUUAAAGUCCAACCCUCCAUCCACUGAGUCACCAGACUGCCUCAAUAGUAUAUCAGGAGUCAGAGGACUUUGAUAUAAACUUCACUUGCAUAUUACUCACUGUUAUUAUUGUCUCCAUUUUGUAGCUGGGAAAAUCAAAGUAAAGGGAUUUUCCUGGAGUUAAACAGCUAGUAAAUUCUAAAGGAAGGAUUUGAACCCAGGUAUCCAUGAAAGAGGUAGGGGAUGGGCUCCAUGACCAAAUGAACUCCAUGAUGGGGGCCCUGCAAGAACUGAAGCUCCUACAGGUACAGACGGCUCUGGAGCAGCUAGAGAUCUCUGAGGGCGAUGGACCAACUCCUCUGUGUGCAAUGGGCCCUGCCCCCGGCUUCCUGCAGGGCCCCAGGACUCAGCCUGAGCCCCCCAGGUGGGCAGGCAUCAGGGGCCCGGCCAGGCCCAGGGCCGGCUCUCCCCCCAGGCCACUCCCCCUCAGCAGCACCAAGCUUUCCUCCUGCAGAAGCGUCCCCGGGGCCAGCCCAGCCCCUCCUGCCAGGACUUGGGAGUCGGAGAGCCCAGGUUUCCUUCAGCCAAGGACAGAGCAGGCUGAGCCCGACGACUGGACCUCCACCCUGAUGUCUCGAGGCCGCAACCGGCAGCCGCUGGUCUUGGGGGACAACGUCUUCGCCGACCUGGUGGGCAACUGGCUGGACUUACCGGAACUGGAUAAGAAGGGUGGGGAGAAAGGCGACGUGGGUGGGGGAGCCGGGGGGCCAGAGUCCGGAAGCAGGCAGCGGGAUCUGGGCCGGAGGUUCACCCUGACCGCCAACAUCUUCAGGAAAUUCUUGCGCAGUGUACGGCCAGACAGAGACCGGCUACUCAAGGAGAAGCCGGGCUGGAUGACCCCGACGGCCACCGAGCCCCCAGUGGGACGCUCCAAGAAAGUCAAGAAACGGGGCCACUUCAAGGGAGCUGGGUACUUCCCCUUCCCCAGCAGUGGGAGCAGCGGACAGGGAGAGAAACCUUCUUCAAGCUGCCCCAAGGCCCUGGAGCCCCCAGCCUCUGGCUUUGACAUCAACACAGCUGUGUGGGUCUGAGCCCGGGCACUUGCCAUGGCAGAGGCCAGGCUGGGCUGGGUCAGGUCGAGAUUCCAUCGGCCCCAGCCCUGAACACCUUCCUUUCAAUGUUCCCCCAAAAGGCAGGGGAGGGGGCUGGGCAGAAGUAGGCCCUCAUCCCAGGAGGCUGAGACUGCCGGUGGGCUUGCCCUGAGAGGGACACGGUCUCUGGCCAAGGAAACCGUGCUAGCUUGGGACAGGCUCGGAAACACGGUGUGAGUGUGUGUGCGUGUGUCUGGGGGGGGGGGGAGACGCCCCGAGGGCACGAGGGCACCACUGGGGAAUCCCCCGGCAUCGACAUCGGUGCCCUGGCAUGGGCUUCGGAGGGACUGAGGAAAGUGGGUGUGUAUCCAAUGCUACAUCCAGACCCAGGGAAGUGAGAACCCCUGAGACCCCCCAAUAAAGACAUUUUCUCUUCAGGCCCCCA